AUGUCAGACAACGUUGAAACAACUUUAUCUACUGUCGAUAAAUCUGAAAAAGAUAUCAAACCAGAUGAUCCAUCAUCUACUGUCAAUGGAGACGUACUUCCAUCCGUCACACCUGUUCGAUUAUUUGGUGAAUUUAAACAAAAUGGUUUUGGUUUCAAUAAUUUAUCAUCAUCGUCGGUAUUUGGUCAAACAGCAUCGAAAGAUAAAGCCGAUGACAAUAGUACACCAACAACAUAUUUUACAAGCACACUCGCGAAAAUCUCAUCAACAAUAACCAGUGGCUUUGGUUCGUCAUCGACACCUUUAGCUGCAUCACUUGCAACACUCGGUGCUAAUAAACCAUUAUUUGGUGUCUCAAGCGCUACAACUCCGAGCUCGUUUACAGAUCUGAAAGCUACAUCAUCAAUCUCCCUACAAACUAAAACAAAUUCCGAUGAGAAAGAUGAAAACAAAGAUGAUGAAGACGACAAUAAAACUACGUUACUAGAAACAGUCGCUGAAUACGAAGCGAAACGAGCGUCAACACAUCCAGCUACGACUAUUCAAGGUGAUACAUCGACUGGAGAGGAAAAUGAAAUAACCAAAUUUCAGAUGGCUGGUAAAUUGUUCAUGUACAGUGCUGAACAGCAACAAUUUGUCGAACGUGGUUAUGGAAUAUUGAAAAUUAACGAAAGUCAUGAUUCUGCUGAUUGGGAUCGAUCGCAAAGUCGAUUAAUUAUGCGGCUCGAUAAAUCAUUUCGUGUUAUUCUCAAUUCACCAAUUUUCCCGAAAAUGACAGUCGAAAGAGCAACUGAUCGUUCCGUACGAUUCGGUGCUCAAGACGAAUCGCAGUUACGAGUUUUCAUUAUCAAAGCUUCAUCAAAUGACUGCAAUAAUUUCUGUCGAGAAUUACAAUCACGUAUUGAGAUCUUGGAUCAGCAACAGCAACAAACACCAACAUCAAACACAGAUACACCUACAAAAAGUAGUAAUACAAGUACAUCGUCCGAUGUCGUUGCUCUUGAUGAUACAUCACCAAAACAAAAUUCGUCCAUUAGUAAUCGCAAACGAUCACACUCAAAAAGUGACUCCGAUGCAUCUGAAAGUACCAACGAUAUUUCGAAAAAAUCAAAAUUGGUUGAGGGCUAUCGAGAAAUCAAUAAAGAUGUCAAUCAAUCAACUAGCGGUGAUGAUUCUUUCGAGAGUGGCAAAGCCAAUGAAUAA